AGAAGUGGUCUCAGAGCAGGUUUCUGUAUGUGACGUUCAACAAGAGCAUCGCAAAGCAGGCCGAACGCGUCUUCCCCAGCAACGUCAUCUGCAAAACCUUCCAUUCCAUGGCCUACGGGCACAUAGGGCGGAAGUACCAGUCGAAGAAGAAGUUGAAUCUCUUCAAGUUAACACCUUUCAUGGUCAACUCCGUCCUUGCUGAAGGGAAGGGUGGAUUCAUAAGAGCCAAGCUCGUGUGUAAGACUCUGGAGAACUUCUUUGCCUCCGCUGACGAAGAGCUGACCAUUGAUCACGUGCCUAUUUGGUGUAAGAACAGCCAAGGACAGAGAGUCAUGGUUGAGCAGAGUGAAAAACUGGUGAGUGUCUAAGUGUAUGAAGUGUUAGGGAUCUGAGGAUGGGGAAACGGGAAGUGUUAGGGAUCUGAGGAUGGGGAAACGGGAAGUGUUAGGGAUCUGAGGAAU